AUGGAGCCGAAGGGGGACAACGAGGCGAAAGGAGGCCUGGACACAUUCCACCAGGCAUUCAAUGACUUUCACCCCACCAUCAACCUCACAAAGAACCCCACCAUCAAGCUGACAAUCUAUUUCAAAGCUAUAGUUGUUUUUGCUGCUGAGAUCAACAAGUUAUUAGCGGACAGUCCCACCAACAAUGAAAAUAAGAUCCCAAGUGUCCGCAUUUCUUCCAACACAAGGCAGCAGUUGCAAAAUUCUCUGUGGAGUAUAUGUGUUGUGGGUUUCUUGUUGGUGGAUCCAGCCAUACUUGUGAUUCUGUUUGCAGACCAGGAUGAACAGCCAGGACAAGGGGCUUCACGUAAAGAGAGUCAAAAUGAAGGAACAAAGAAAGUGGCUGAAGAAAACACAUCAUUUGCUGAGAAAGAAGAAAAACCAGCUGAAGAUGAUGAAGAAUAUUUAAGUUCUGGAAGUGAUGAAGAAGAGGAGGAAGAGGAGCAAAUAGAAACUGUAAAGCCUCCAGAACCAGUGAAAAAACCAGUAAAGGUAGAGAAGAAAAUCUCCGAAACCUUCUUCUAUAAAUAUGAAGAUUUAUGCUCCCUCCCGUAUGUGACUCCGGAUUCUGAGAUACCGUUUGGCCUGCUUGUUCUCAUGCACUCUUUUGGUUAUGACUGCACUAAACGGGCAAACCUCCAGGUGAUGGAUAGUUCAACACUCCUUUACAUAGCUGGCAACCAGAUAGUACUUCUGGACUUGAAAUUAAGGUAUCAAAGAUACCUUCGAAGCUCAAGUGGUGGAGGGAUUGGAAUCAUCACGGUAAGACGAUUCAUUUUAACUUGGAAGAUCUUUUGCUUGAGUUCACCUUUAGUAGUAAAAUAAGCAGGGGUGUUUGAGUAAGUUUUAAUCUCUCAUUGAGAAAUAUUUUGGCUUGUAAUUCUCAGUGGAACAGAGGAAGCCUAUGCAUUUGCUGACUUUAAUCGUUCUGGCACUAUGAUAGCCACUGUUGGGAGCAGCCCUGAUUAUAUGCUGACAGUUUGGGACUGGAAACAGGAGAAGAUUAUAUUGAGAUCGAAGGCAUUUUCGCAAGAUAUUUUUAAAGUCACGUUCUCUCUUGAAAAUGAAGAACAACUAACCACAUCUGGUUCAGGACACAUAAAGUUUUGGAAGAUGGCUCUUACUUUCACUGGUCUGAAACUACAAGGAGCUUUGGGCAGAUUUGGGAAAACAGCACUGACAGACAUCGAAGGAUAUGUGGAGUUGCCAGAUGGGAAGGUGCUUUCAGGGUCAGAAUGGGGCAACAUGCUGCUCUGGGAAGGGGGCCUCAUUAAAGUGGAACUUUGUCGACCUGGCCAUAAAACUUGCCACCAUGGGCCAAUUAAUCAGUUAGUUCUGGAUGAAGGAGAGUUGGUCACCAUUGGAUCAGACGGCUAUAUCAGGGUGUGGGAUUUUGAAACAAUAGACACUGCUGAUAUUGUGGAUGAUUCUGGACUGCUAGAGAUGGAACCCAUGAAUGAGCUUUUAGUUGGGAAACAUGUCAAUUUGAACUGUAUGGUGAAAAUUCAUGAACGUGGAGAACCUUUUUGGUAUGCUCAGGAUUCUAAUGGAGCCAUCUGGAAGCUUGAUCUGAGUUUUGCAAAUGUUACUCACGAUCCAGAAUGUCUCUUUACUUUCCAUUCUGGAAAGAUAGAAGCCAUUGCUGUUUCACCAGUCACAUAUCUAAUGGCCACCACUGCUCUUGACCGUUCAGUGCGUAUCUAUGAUUUUGCUGCUAAAAUGCAGUUGACUGAGAUGAAAUUUAAACAGGGAGGAACAGUGCUAACCUGGGCACCGAAAGUGGUGAAUCCAAAAGGAGGUCUAAUUGCUGUAGGUUUUCAAGAUGGUGUUGUUCGCAUUAUUGAACUUUAUAAUCCAAAGGGACUUCCUGUUGUUGCUGGACGGAACAACCUAGGCGAGGCAGCCUUGCGUCUGAAACACGCUUUCAAGCCUCACACCACGACUGUUACAGCAUUGGCCUAUGAACGUAAUGGAGAACUGUUUGCCACAGGGAGUAAAGAUAAAACUGUAUUCUUCUUUGCUGUAGAUGACAAAUAUGAUCCAAUAGGAUUCAUUACUGUUCCUGGACCCGUGCAGGGACUGCAGUGGUCUCCACUGUCACAUCCAGAAAGCACGCUGCUUGUGUUGUGUGAGAAUGGUUUCGCUGUCCAAGUUCUUGCUCCAAACCCUGGAGACCAUGAUGUGGAAAAAACAUAUAAAAUCAAAGAUAUCCCGACAGAGUAUUUUUGUUUCUACAGCAUAAUGUCUCGGCUUAAGAGAUUUAUUGAAAUUAAAUGCAGAGAGAAGAAAAAAGCAGACAAGGAGAAAGCAAGGAAGGAGUUUAUACAGAAGGAACUAGAGUUGGGAAAAGAGAUGGAAGAAAUUGUGUUUCCAGAGGAAGAGCCUGAAACAGAUGAACCCCUGCCAGAUAUCUAUAUUCCAGAAACUCCUAGCCCCAUCCUGUGUGGGUUUUACUCUAAGCCGGGAAAAUUUUGGCUGUCCUUG